GUCAACCUCGCCUCGUUGUCUCGUUAUGAAAGCAGCUCCGAGGUGAGACAGACAGACAGACAGACAGACAGCCUCAUCCUCCAUCCUCCAGCCUCCUCUUCCUCUCCUGGAGCCGCUGCCGGUGAGGAGAAGACGGAUCGGUCUCCGGUGAAUCCAGACCGUCGACCAGGAGAGAUCUGGGUGUUUUUUUCCGUGUUCGUGUCGGCUUGUAACGAACGGAGGAGGCUGCUGCUGCUGCAGCGCAGAGAUGCUGUCAUCACGUCAUUGAUUUAACAUGCAGCUACAACACAGCGGUGACGUCAACCAACCGGGGAUCGUUUCUAUCUAUUGAGACCGGAUCGAUCUGACAUCACAUGUCUGCAGUGAUCCACUGAGGAAGUGAAAGUGCAACCAUCACAUCCGCUCUGUCUGUCUGUCUGUCUGGAGAUCUGCACUGAAUCAACGCUGCUGAUGAUCUCGUUGUCAUGUCAACGGGAUCCGACGAGACUUGUGCUUCUGAAUGAGGAGAAACUGGAAGGAUGCUCUGAACAGCCUUUAUGAUCAAUUAUAAUUAUUUAUGCACCAUAAAAUCUCACUUUCUGCCCAGAAAUCCAUUUCAUCAAAGCAUCUUCAAGGAAUGAUAUUGAUGAUGUUGGCAAAACUUUGAGAUUUGAGAUUGAAGGUUCAGUCUUGACCUUGGAAACUGUAUCAAUCUCUCACCACACAAGGUGUAUUUAGAAGCUGUGCUGGGGCUUUCAACCACAUCACACCAUCUUCCUCAGGACUUGACACUGGAUCCGGAAGGACGGAGGCUGAAGAGGGACAAAAACACAUCAAAGCAUCGCUGUAUAAGACUUGUACUGAAAAGGAACUCCUUACUGUGAUUUGAAUGUAUCCAAACUUUUUAAAUCCAAUCAUUUUUAAGUUUGGAUGAAUGCAACUUUUUGUUUCUGACAUACCUGGAAAAACUGUUGGACCACACCUGUACAAAAAGUCCAGGCAAGAAUUUAACACUUUACUCUGAACACUUGGUGUUUUCAUCCUUCAGUCCAAAGACGCCUCUUACAUGCGACAACCUGACUUUAAAACGCUGCUGUAGCCUAUUAGUGGUAGUCAGUUGUGAUGCUGGACGUGGUGAAGAUGAAGGAGGCGUGCAGGAUCUGCUCCCGCGAGCUCUGCGGCAACCAGCGCCGGUGGAUCUUCCACCCGCAGGCCAAGCUCAACCUGCAGGUGCUGCUGUCCCACGCUCUGGGCCACGAACUGACCCGGGACGGCCGCGGGGAGUUCGCCUGCUCCAAGUGCGCCUUCAUGCUGGACCGCAUGUACCGCUUCGACACGGUCAUCGCCCGCGUGGAGGCGCUGUCUCUGGAGCGCCUCCACAAGCUGCUGCUGGAGAAAGACCGGCUGAGGCAGUGCAUCGGAGGCAUGUACCGGAAGAACAACACGGAGGAUGGGAACGUGGCUCCGGUGGGGUCCGUCGUUGGGGUCGUUGGGGUCGUUGGGGUCGUUGGGACUGAUGCGGGAUCUGAAGACUCUCCUGUGGUGGAUCUGUCAGUCCUGCAGGAUGGAAGAUACUCAGAUAUGAUCCAGGAUGAUCUGACUUACUCUGUGUACGAAUCCUGGGCAGAUAAGGAGGAUACAGCCCUGGACCACCACACCCAUCACCACACCCAUCACCACCACCAGUGCCCAGCGGCAGACUCUCUCUCUGGCCAGAAGCCGAGGCGGUGCAGGGGUUGUGCAGUACUCCGUGUUGCCGAUUCUGACUACGAGGCGGUGUGUAAGGUUCCUCGAAGGGUUGGCCGCAGGAGCACAUCUUGCGGCCCGUCUACUCGCUACUCAGCAGCCACUCCGGGGGUCGAGGACCCCCCCAGAACCAUCGGAGAAUCUGAGGCUACAACUGUCAUCUUUGAGUCCUCUUCAGCUGAGUUGGACACUGAUAACAUCAUGUGUGACCAGACGAGUCCCAGCCCGGCAUCGUCCGUAGAAUCUCUCGACACCGCCGUGGAUGUCAGUUGCCUUCCUGCGAACCACAAAGAAAGAGCAGAAACUGAACCAGAGAAAGACCCAGAGGAGGCUCCAGCGAGAAGGGACACUCUGUGGGACAAACCCCCAAGCGAGAGCUCCCUCUCUGGGCUCGAACCGGUGCUAAGCCUCCUAAGGGGCUGGGAGUACCGGCCAGUGAGGCCUCGAAGGGGCAGCAAGAUCCCAGUUCUGGUCAAAGCCAAACUGGAGCAAGGCCUGUCGCUGCUCCUGUCGAUCCCACUGAGGUCACCCUGUGGAGGGGCAGCAGACUGUAUGCUGUACCCCCACCAGCCUGUACCGGAGGUCGUGACCCCGUGUACCCAGCAGGAGCUGCAGGUGGAGCUGACGGAGAUGGAGGAGCAGUGGCUGGAUGAUUAUGUUCAGUGCGGGCCGUUCCGCUUUCAGCAGAGGCUGAUAGAUGAGCAGCAGGGCCGGCUCGGUCAGUAUGAGUGCGCUGCAGGUCAGUGUGUCGGCGAGUUGCAGAAGGCCCAGGACCAGGUCCACUCGCUGCAGGCCAAGAUCAGAGAGAGCGAGACCAGGAACCAGAAGCUGCAGGAGCAUCUCAAUGAGAUGGAGUUGGAGCUGCGUUCAGCCCAAGAGGAAGCCCAGCGACAGGAGCGAAACAUCCAGAACAUCACUGAUACUGUUAACUCCAAGGAGACAGAGGCUGCAGAGAUGUAUCGGGUGAUUGAGGAACAGAACAAGAUGCUGUGUUCUCUCAAAGAGCUCGCCAACCACAGCCAGCUGCAGCAGCUGCAGGUGUCGGGUGCAGACAGUAUUCGGGGUCAGGGCGAGAUCCUGGCUCUGCAGGCGUCUCUCUUCCAGGCUCAGCUGGAGCUGCAGGCCGGUCAGCGGACGCAGCGGCAGGCGGGCAGGACGCAGGAGGACCUGAGCCGAGCCCUGCAGAGGCUGGAGACAGACCUGCAGGGGGCGCUGCAGCACAGGAGGGAGACGGAGAGGCACAACCAGGACCUGCAGCUGGCUCUGGAGAAGGCCCGGUCGGCCCUGCAGGAGAGAGAGGAGCUGCUGAGAGACGGCAAGCAAGAGAGGGAAAGGCAGGACGAGGAGACAGAGAGGACCAUCGGAGAGCUGAGGACGUCCCUGCAGACCAAAGAGCAGCUGAUAGAGGACUACUGUGAGCUGUCAGAGGAUCCAAAGGAGAAGAGAGACUCUCUGCUUCAGAAACUCCGCCAGCGUAUCAAGGAGAGAGACCGAGCUCUGGAGCGAGCGGUGGACGACAAGUUCCGCAGCAUGGAGGAGAAAGAGGAGGACACUCGUCGGCUUCAGCUGCUGCACAGAGAGAAGGAGAGAGACCUGGAGAGACAGCGCUGCGUCCUGUCCAACAACGAGGAGACCAUCACUAGCCUGGAGGUGCUGCUGCGUGGUAAGGCCGUGGAGCUGGAGCAGGUGUGCGACGCCUGGAGGAACGUUCAGCGGCAGCAGCAGGAGAGCGAACAGAGACAGAGCAGCGUCCUGAGAGAGAGAGACGGCAUCAUCGGCCAGCUGCAGGCGGCGCUGCACGCUCGCACGCAGGAGGCCCAGGACCUGCGCUGCUCCCUACUGGCUCAGAUCCAAUCAGCUCCCAGCGAUGUUCUGGAGGAGCUGAAGGUCCGCCUCCAGCUCAAAGACCGCCUCUUCCAGGAGGUGCUGGCCGACCGGUCCCACCAGGCCCAGGAGCACCAGGAGCAGGUCCAGGAUCUGCUCCGAACCAUCAGCUCCAGGGACCAGUACAUUCAGGACUCUGCGGGCCGGCUCGGAGAGGUGAUGACAGAGCAGACGGGGAGACUCCAGGAGCUCCGCAGGCAGCUAAGCUCAGGUGUCGGAUCGAGGUCAGACUCGGACUCGGCCGUGGAGCUCCAGGCCCUGCAGGAGGAACUAAGACUGGCUCUGAGGAGGGAGAAGGAGAGCCGGGAGCUGAGCUGGGGUCAGGCCACCAGGGUGGACUCCCUCACCAUGACGCUGCAUGUGAAGGAGGAGAUCAUCAGGGACUUCCAGCGGCAGAUGGUGGAGCCCUCCAGUCUCACGCUUGUGGAACGGUUGACCCAGGAGGUCCAGGAACUGAGGGAGAGCCUGGUCCAGCAGGCCGGUCCCCCAGCCAGGGGCCCCGUCCUGGGCCGCGAUCGGCCCAAUGGCAGGCAGCCUGAGUUUGGAGAACUGAGCUCAGAGGAUGAGGACGAGGCUGAUGAUGAUUUGAACAGCGAGUACACUGAGAGCGUUGAUGAAGAGGAGUCCAAACUGGGGGUCCGGUCUGUGGCCAACAUCAAGGGUUCUUCUGGAGGUGCAGGAAAGCCUCCAUCCCAGGAUCUGUUGUUUGAAGGUCAGGGACUGAUAGAGGUCAAACAGCUGGUGGAGCAGAAGAGGGCGGUGGAGAGAGAGCUGGGAGAGCUGAAGGCUCAGCUGGAGAAGGCCGGCUUCUCCUCACUUUCACAGAUGAGGAAAGCUCUGUUCAGCCUUCAAGCAGAGAACGGACAUCUAAAGCAUCAGCUGACUGAAGGCCUGCAGCCCGAGAGUAAACAGCAGAGUGAUGACCAGGAGGUGUUGGACGGCGAAGAGGAGGUGGAGGAGGAGGAGGAGGAGGAGGAGUUGGAUGUGACCAUAGAAGGGGUGGAGGAGGAUGUAGAGGAGGAGGAGGAAAGCUCUGAGAUGUGGGACGCCUGGGACGGCGAGCUAUCUUUGUCGCAGACCAACAUCCAGAGAGCCAAGAGACCUGAGUCACUGCACCUGCUCACCAACUCCUCACAGGACGUCCUGGACAGCGAGCUGUCAGCGGGUCAGCCACAGGGCGCCGCGUCCUCGGUGACGCGUGAGAAGACGGGUCGUCUGCAGCAGAAGAGCAAAGAGUUGCAGGAGAGGCUGAUGGUGUCUGAGGCCACAGUGCAGGCUCAGGCCGAGCAGCUCAAAGACUACAGGGAGCUGCUCACGGAGACAGCAGUGCAGCAGGACAGUAAGCAGGUCCAGGUGGACCUGCAGGACAUGGGCUACGAGACCUGCGGCCGCAGUGAGAACGAGGCCGAGAGGGAGGACACCAGCAGCCCAGAGUUUGAUGACCUGGAGAUGUGCACGUCUCUGGACUGUGGUUCCCAGUGGUGGCCUGCCGGCAGCAGCAGCAGCGCCUCCACCUUCACUAAAACCACCACCCAGAGCACCGGUGACGGAGACGAGUCUCUCCAGCGUCUCGUCGAGGACCUCCGCUCCCAGCUGUCCCGUUCUCAGGGAGUGAUCCGCGGUCUCCAGAGCCGGCUCCGGUCCCUCUCCACCUCCAGUGACUACGGACCCUCCACACCUCGCAAGGUCAACUGGUCCUUCAAGGCCUCGCCCUCCCAGAGCGGGGCGGAGGACGACGAGGGCUGGCAGUCGUCCGACGGAGGUCCUCUGGCUUCGCCCAGUCACCCUCACCCAGACAAGGGCCUGCAGGAGCUGGUGUCCCGCGUGGACGCACUGGAGGACCAACUGAGGAAAGGAGGCAAAAAGUCUGUCAGCGAGGACUUAAAGUCUGCCACCUGGCCGGGUAAAUUCGACACUCUGAUCCAGGCUCAGGCCAGAGAGCUGUCUCAUCUCCGCCAGCGGCUGAGAGAGGGUCGUGGCGUGUGCAACAUCCUCACCCAGCACCUGAGCGACACCACCAAGGCCUUCGAGGAGCUGCUGAGGGCCAACGACAUCGACUACUACAUGGGCCAAAGCUUCAGGGACCAGCUGGCUCAGAGCGGCGCUCUGGCACAGCGGGUCAGCGCCAAGAUCAGCGGACGAGAUCAUCCUGAAGAUCCAGAUGAGAAGACAGAGCUGCUCGCCAUCCGGCUCAGUAAGGAGCUCCAGCAGAAGGACAAGGUCAUCGAGUCCCUUCGCACCAAGCUAAACCAGCAUCACCACCACCAUCCCCCCCAUCGCUCCGACACGCCCUGCAGCAGCCACGCCCUCUCCGACACCACCGACCAAUCGGAUCGCAUCUCCUAUGUGUCCGACGAGCACGGAUCCACGAACGAGGACCUGGAUCUGUGCUCCGACGUGGACGCUGCCAGCGAGCUCGGUCAGAAGGAAACACGGACUUGUGCCAGAGUCAGCACAGAUUGCCACUCUCACAGUGGCACCAUGUCACAUCAUCCAUCCAUCCCUCCAUCCAUCGCCUUAUCCCACAAAACCCAGUCCUGCUUCAGCUGUCCCAGCAUGCAUUACCCCAGCUUGCCAUACAAACCCGCAGACAUGCAGAGUCAGACAGCUCCAGCCUCAGCCUUCACUUCUGCCCCCCUCCGCCCUCCCCCCUCCUCUUCCACCACCCAGAGGGCACCUUUGCCCUUCGAUCCCCACCCCGCAACCCUGCGCACCCGUUACCCAGGCAACGGGGGAUUUGGUUUCUCCCUGGCUGAGGUGCACCAGGAGCUGCAGAUGUUACAAAGGCAGCUGGGAGACAAUGAGAGGUUUUCCACUCCCCAAUCCAAACCUCUUCAGGGUUUCCCGUUUGCCCACCAGCAGCCCGAUGCUUCUGCCUUCCUGCCUCUCUCCUACCACGGAUACCAGCCUUCUCCGUUCAGCAGCAGUCUGGACGCCAGCUCAGCGAUGAAAGCUGGGGCCAGUCUGCUGGAGAGCAGUGCAUUGUGGGAUAUGAGCUACGGUACCCGACCAGCGAGACUGGGAGCCGACCUGUCUUCAGGAUCCUCGGGGUACCAGUCAGGCACCAGCAACACAGGUUCUGACCUGAUGAAGGACCACCUGAGAGAGAUCAGGAGUCUGAGACAGAGACUGGAGGACUCCAUCCAGACCAACGAUCGCCUCCGACAGCAACUGGAGGAGAGACUGGCCCGCACCGUCGCUGAGAAAGGUGCUCCUACCAACAUCUACAUCCAGGGUCUGGACUCGGUGGGCCAGCUCUCCAGUGAGAUCAGACUUCUGAAGGAGGAGAACGUCAGUCUGCAGAACCAGCUGAAGCAGGCCACCAGAGAGAGCAGCAAGGAGGCGGAGCAGCUGAAGGAGGCGGAGCUAGAGGCUGAGAGGUGGGAGGAGCAAAGCAGGAAGCUGCAAACUGAGGCUGAAGCUCGCAGCCAAGAGAUUGCACAACUGAAACAGGACAGACAGAAAAACCAGGAAGCCAUCAACAGACUCCAGCAUGAGGUGAGCGUCCUCCAGCAGCAGCUCUGUGAGAGCCGCAGUCUGGUCAACUCUCUUCAAUGUGAGCUGCAGGUGUACCACAGAGUGUGUGGAGUCAACACAAACACGCACGCAGCAGGUCAGGCCAGUGAUGGCGCCAAACUUGGACACACCACUGCGACCUUUGACCCCAGAGAGCUGCACGUUCAGCUGGAGCAGCAGCUGAGCGGACAGGCUGAAACACAGCCUCGAUCCAGGAGACAGCUCUUCAACGAAAGCGUUCCCUCCCCGCCUGUGAGAGACACUGGACUCAUCAGUCCUACCUCUCCUCUGCAUCCUGCGCAGAAACACGCAGUAGAGACUGGAGCAGCCGAUCAAGCCUCGACCCUGCAGGGUCAAGCCCCCGACGGCUCAUUCGCCAACCGUCACGGCCGCCAUGCGGUGGGCCACGUUGACGACUUCAAGGCUCUGCAGCAGCAGAUCCUGGAGGGUGGUGCUCUCCUCCGCAAGAUGGAGACCACCCUAUAUCCCCAGAGCACCCCACAGGAGUUCAGCCUUCAUCAGCCUUCAGACUCCGGUUCUGUCAGGAAGCUGCUGUCUGACACUAAAACCCUGCGACAGAUCCUGGAGGAGGCCGACUCUCUGCUCCGGAUGUUCUGGAGAGCAGCUCUGCCAAACUCCGAGGAAACCAAACAGGAUCAGUCUCUGAAGGACGAGGUUGUUUCUCUCCGUCUGAGGCUCUCAGAGCAAGAGCAGGCUCUACAGGACGCCAUGGAGACGGUGAAGAGCUCCAACCGCACCAAAGAUAGCAUGGAGCACUUUAUAGUCAACCAACUGUCGAGAACGCGGACCGUGUUGAGGAAAGCCAAGACAAACUUGCAGGAGAACGAGCUCAGGAUUUCCUCCCUUCGCCGUGCCACUUUCUCCCUUUCCUCCACUUCCUCCUCUUUCCCCCCCUCCUCCUCCUCUUCCUCACACCCCUGGCCUGGUAAAGGUGAAAACACAGGAGGCUUCUGUGAGCUCGCCUUCUCUCCUCGUUGGGGUGUCGUGAAGCCCCGUGCUCCCUUCAUCUCCUCCUCCUCUGCUGUCCCGGGACCGGCUCUGCACCAGCGCCCCCUGGAGUCAGCCUCCCUGUAGUGCACCAGUCCCCAAAGCUCCUCAUCAUCCUCAUCUCAUUGUUCAAACAGAAAAUCCAGGAAAUUCUGUCUCUCUCAUCGACUGGAGAAACACUUCAGUUGAGUGACGUCUGUCUGAGUGUGUUGUUGGAUUUUUGCUGGUUCAUGAUCGUUAAUGAAUGUGAUUGAAUGAAUGAUGUAAUUGUUUUAUUAUUGGUUGAGGCCAUCAACUGAAGUGUUUCCUCUCAUUUAUAUGAGACCAGUCUGAGUUUGGCUGGAGUUGGUUUGUGAUUCAUGGCUUCUGUUUAAGGCUUUUUUUCCCCCAUUUCUAACAGAUAAAAUUAAGAUUAAAAGUUCAACAAAUAUGAAUCCAGAUUCAAAACAGUCUCUGGGCUCUUAGAGACCGUUUAGUCCAGAUUUGAUAGAUCUAAAUUAACAGUUUUUUAAUGUAGACCUGGUCCUAUGUGGUCUAGGCUUGUGAGAAACAGUGACAUUUUCUUGUUUUUCCUAAAUCCGAAUGUGAUAUCUUGCCUCCAUUUGACAAUCAGAACAACAAUUUAAGAGGAAAUAAUCUCCCUUAAGCUCCCAAUCAGAAGCCAAUUUCAGCCCCGUACUUCAGCAGGGAUUCAAGAAUCAAAAAUCCACGUGAUGCCAGCAGGAAAGGGGCUUUGAAAAAGCAAAAACCAAACUGCUAAGUGCUUCCUGUCAGCCUCUGUUGAGGCUCUAGUUUGUAGUUAGUGGGUAGAAUAGUUGCAUGUGGUUUGAGCAGCUUGUGGAAACAAAGCCAUACUCUCUGACGGUACAGUAGAUAUGUUUUUCUUUUGUCCUACUUGUACAAAAGCCAACUACUGAUAACAUAUGGAAAACACUACCAAUAGACAGUUUGGUCAAAUAGCUGGUAGAUGAUGUUCUCUUGCAUUUACUCACAAAUAAAACACCAAUAUAGGAAUUUUUGCUCAUCGUCUUCAAACAGUACAGUAUUACUGUUAACAAUGGAGUCAGUUCUCUUCAGAUAUUUAAUCAAGAAUAUGGGUCCAACCCAGUUUUUCCUGGUGAAACACUAACCUGUAGUGUUGGAAGGCCUUGUGGUGAAGCUGCUGUAUUGAACAGCAUCUUAUUAAUAAACCAGUAUUAAUGAAAACAUGUUACAGUUCGACUGUCAUCGAGCUGCUCAGCGGUUUGCCUGAUGCCUUCAGUAACCGAUAAUAGAAAUUCAGUUUAUAGUGGAUGGUCCAAGAGAGAUGACAUUUCAUUUUUGUAACCAAAAAAAUGGACCACACGUUUAUCUCUUUUCUCUUUUUUUUUAAAAAUAUAUAUAUCCUUUUGGUGAUUUUCUUUUUUUGCUAAAUUUGUAAAUAUGAAUUUCCCCUCACUUUUUAAAAAAUUAGUCGUCAAGGGAGAAACAUCUGUAUGUAAGGAUAUUUUCUUCAAAACUUCUGCAGGAUUUGUGACGCUCACUGUGCAAAUGAACUGAGAUUGGGUGUUUUACACUGGCUCCUCCAAAUUUUCUUUCUUUCUUUUUUUUUAUUCUUAUUUUUUCUUGAUUUCUCUGUAAAGUAGGUUAGCUGUUUCUUUUUGUGCAUGAACUGUGGCUUCACUGCCCUCUGAUACUUUUACUGAAAUAUGCAAUUUUUUGGGUUACUGUGCAAUAAUAGCCUUCGUGGUUGCUUUCUGUUGAUGUUUUAGGCCUGGAUAUUAAAGUGCCAUGUCAUCUGUUUUAGCUCUGAAGCUGAAUUAAUUUAAACAAUCUUACUUUUGGAUGCCCAGCUAUAUGACAAUCAAUUUGAAGCAGUUUUAAUUGCCCACUCAUUUUUGGCUUAACACAAAUCACAGUUUUAUAUACAAUGUGGAAAAAAAGGCAAAGUAACAGCAUAAACGAGCACUGUAAUGAUAUAUUUAUAAAGCAAUAAGAUCAACCAAAGUGAACAACUUGUAUAAAUCUGGUGUAAAAUCAAGUUGAGAGAUUUUUUGGUGUGCAAUUCCCCAAAGGUCAAAGGUCAAACUUAGUGUCUUUCUUAGUGUCUGUGUGGUUGUAGGAACCACGUCUCAUGUAUGUACAUAUUAAAGGGAGUGUGUAGUGUGGGCUACAUCAAUGCAAGUUGUUGUGUUGCCGUUCGACAAAGACCAGCUGUAUUUCUAUGCAUGUUCUCUUUAUUAAAAAUGUUUUGGGGUAAAAGAAAAGUACCUUUGUAAUAAAAAGGGGACAAAACAA